AACUUGAUUUAUUUUCACGGUUUGGUUUGGUAUUUUCACUUUCUUUAGAUAGAUACGCUUUAAAAUCUCAGCGUUGUAACAUUGUCAGAAUUUUUUUGUAAACAACCGCGUGUUUACAUCCAUAAGUAUCUUUUUUUUUAAAGAAUGUAAAAAAUGGAAGAAACUAAGGAAUUCUAUGAUUUUUGCAUACCUUUUAAUGAAGAUAAAGUGUUACUUAAAGAAGUAUGUGAAAAGCUGUUCGUUUUGGGCUAUAAAACUAUAGCUAUCGAGCUAUUCUUCGAUCAUAGUAAAAAGGAAAAUAGUAAGCGUUUAGCUGAUGUCUUUCCAAAGCCUCACGAUCUCAUGUGGCUCGAAACACAUUUUCGGAAUAAAUUGAAAAUCCUACAACGUAUAACUAUAUGCUAUGCAGACGCAUUGGUUACACAUGCAAUGACGAAUUCGAUAAAUCUAAGAAAAUUCCAUAUUAUUGCCGGACAACCCAAAACUGAAGCUGCGCUAGCGCAUUGUUGCACUGCGUUUAAUGGAGAUUUACUAACCUUUGAUGCCCAACAUGGUAACCACAUUCACGUCAGUCGCAAGGGUUAUCAAUUAGCUGUAAAAAGAGGCUUAUUCUUCGAAAUAAAAUAUUCACCAUGUAUAACUAAUACCACGGUCCGAAAAGAUUUGAUUAAAAUUGCCCACAAUUAUUUUAUUAAAGGCAAAUCAAAAAAUAUCAUAAUCAGCAGUGGUGCCAAUAAUGUAUUUGAGCUGCGUGGUCCUCAAGACGUGACAAAUUUGGGAUUUAUAUUUAGUUUGUCCGAGGACCAAGCGAAAUGUGCUAUAAAUCGGUUUGGUAGACAAUUAUUCUUAAGAGCGGAAUGCAGGCGUUUGGGUAAGACUAUAAUGUUUAUUAAGGCUUCAGGACCUGUCCUAUUUUCUGACAGUUGUGAAGAAAAAAGUGAGUUGGGUAAUAAUGCAGAAAUUACCUUAGGAGGAAAUAUCCGGGAAGAUUCAGACCCUAAAGAUCAGCCAAGUAAAAAGAAAAGACUAUUUUAAUCAUUUAUUUUCGUUUAUUUA